AUGUUGGCGGUCAAGACAGGCGGUCACUCUUUGAACGAAAAGAGGUUGUUCCAUGGAACCAGCCCCGAUGCUGUGGAGGCAAUAUGUAAGCAAAACUUUGACUGGCGCUCGAACGGAAAGAUCACCCAUCUUUAUGUUGAAGGAAGUCAUUUCGCUGUAAAUGCUUCCUACAGCGAUGCUUUUGCGAAGAAAGACGCAAAUUCGUCUCAGUUCAUGUUCUUGGCCAAAGUUCUUGUUGGAUCUUACACUAAAGGCAACUCCAGUUAUCGGAGACCGCCUCCAAAGCAACCAUCCAACCCAUCGAGUGACCUGUUCGACUCUUGUGUGGACGACCAGUACAGUCCAACCAUUUAUGUGGUUUUUGACGCUGACCAGUUCUACCCAGAGUACAUCAUCGAGUAUUCUGAUGAAAGUAGUAGGUAUUCUGGAGGUCGCGGAGCACCAAGUUCCGCUCGGGCAGGAGCCUAUGCAGCACCUUCUUUUAGCCGAGCUACCCCAUCUAGAAGCUCAGUUAAUCCUACAAGUAGUUACUUACUCAUCCACUGCGAUGAUGACGACGAUGUAGAUGACAAUGACGAUAAAAAUGAUGAUGACCAUGGCGGUGACGAUAACGAUGUUGAUGACGAUGACGAUAACAAUGAUGAUGACGAUAGCGACGACGAUGACGAUGGUGACGGAUGA